GAACCCCAGAAUCUAACAGGUGUCUUGGAAUUCCUCCUCCUGGGGUUCUCAGAUGAUCCAGAACUGCAGCCUGUAAUCUUCAGCCUGUUCCUGUCCAUGUAUCUGGUCACCAUGCUAGGGAAUCUACUGAUCAUCCUGGCCGUCAGCUCUGACUCCCGUCUUCACACCCCCAUGUACUUGUUCCUCUCCAUCCUGUCCCUGGCUGACAUUGGUUUCACUUCUACCACGGUCCCAAAGGUGAUUUUGGACAUUAAAACUCAUAACAGAGUCAUCUCUCAUUUGGGCUGCCUGGUUCAGUUGUCUUUUUUAAUUUUUGGAUGUUUGGACAGUGUACUCUUAACUGUGAUGGCCUAUGAUCGGUUUGUAGCUAUUUGUUAUCCUCUGCACUACCCAGUCAUCAUGAACCCCCACCUCUGUAGCCUGCUCAUUCUGGUGUCCUUUUUGAUCAGCCUUCUGGACUCUCAGCUUCACUGCCUCAUGAUGUCACGGCUUAACUUUUGCAUAAAUGUGGAAAUUCCUCAUUUCUUCUGCGACAUUCCUCAGCUCCUCAGACUUUCCUGUAAUGGUAUUUCCACCAAUAAAUUAUUCCUGUAUUUUAUUGGUGCCAUCUUUGGUGGUAUUCCCCUCUCAGGAAUCCUUUUCUCUUAUACACGAAUUGUUUCUUCCAUUCUGAGAGUCCCAUCCACAGGUGGGAAGUAUAAAGCCUUCUCCACCUGUGGCUCUCACCUGUCAGUUGUUUGCUUAUUUUAUGGAACAGGUCUUGGGGUGUACCUCAGUUCAGCUGUCUCACAUUCUUCCAGGAAGGAUGCAGUGGCCUCAGUAAUGUAUGCUUUAGUUGUUCCCAUGCUGAAUCCCUUCAUUUACAGCCUGCGGAACGGGGAUGUCAAGAGGGCUUUGCAGAGACUCCUCAACAGAACAGUCUAG